GGACGCUGAGCUGGUGGGAUUGAACCAUGGCCUGGGCCCCUCUUCUCUUCGUGGUGCUCGCCCACAGCACAGGUUCCCUGGUGCAGGCAGCGCUGACCCAGCCAUCCAAGGUGUCGGCCAAGGUGGGAGACACGGUCAGGAUCACCUGCUCUGGUAGCAGCUACAGCUAUGGCUGGUACCAGCAGAAGGUCCCUGGCAGUGCCCCUGUCACUGUGAUCUACUACAAUGACAAGAGACACUCGGACAUCCCUUCGCGAUUCUCCGGAUCCUUAUCCGGCUCCACGGGCACGUUAACCAUCACUGGGGUCCAAGCCGAGGACGAGGCUGUCUAUUUCUGUGGUAGCUAUGACAGCAGCAGUACUGGGUGUGGUGUAUUCGGGGCCGGGACGAUGUUGACCGUCGAAGGCCAGCCCCAGGUCGCUCCCACCGUCAACCUCUUCGCGCCAUCCACCGAGGAGUUGUCAGAGGGCAAAGCCACCUUGGUGUGCCUGGUGGAGAACUUCUACCCAAAGGAUGUGACGGUGGAAUGGGUGGCUGACGGCAGCACCAUCACCAAUGGUGUGGUGACCAGCCCGGCCCAGCAGCAGAGCAACGCCCAGCAGCAGAGCAGCACCCGGUACAUUGCCAGCAGUUACCUGUCGUUGACUCCCACCGAAUGGCAGAGUCACAAUUCUGUCUCGUGCAAGGUCAGACACGUGGCUGGAAAUGUGGAGAAGACCCUGAACAGAUCCGAGUGCGCCUAACCCACCCUGCCGGCCCUUUGCUGGCUCCCUCUCUCCUCUCCACUCUGGGAACAGCGGCUCCCCCCCGCCGCAGAUGUCUCUGCCCAUGUCCGCCUGUCCCCUGCUCCUGUCCCUCCACUGUGAGUGUCAAGCAAAUAAACACCAACACUGAACUAGC